AUCUUUCCCCUUUCGUCACACCCUGAUGCGCCUCGGUCAUAACGUAAACAUUCAAAAUCGGUUUCGUGCCGCGAUUCGUGAUAACAAGAGAACCGGUCAUAAGCGCGGAACAUGGUUCUCCUCCGCUGCCGUUGUUUCGCUGUUGGCCGCACCCAGUGCCGCAGGCUCUCGUUGUCGGCCGUUUCGUACUCUGCGCGUCGUGUCGUCAUAACCGGUCUCGGAGUCGUAUCGCCGGUCGGUUGUUCGGUAGCAAAGGCGUGGACCACCAUCCUCUCGGGAACGUCCGCUAUCGGUCGGUUGGAGGGCUCUGUGUAUGAGAAGUUGCCGUGCCGAGUGGCGGGCCAAAUUCGUGGGGAUGAGUUGGAUGUGGGGGAUUAUUUUGGGAAGAGUGAGCUGAAAACGAUGGCCAGAGCAACGGCACUGGCGUUGAUUGCGGCAAAAGAGGCGCUGGAUGGGGCCAAGUGGACUCCGGAGGAUGUAGAGUCGUGCCAGAGGACGGGAGUUGCGAUUGGGAUGGGAAUGAUUGAUCUGAUGGACGUUUGCGAAACGAACGAAGCCUUGAAGAAGGGCUACAACCGGGUGAGUCCGUUUUUUGUUCCGAGAAUUCUGCCCAACAUGCCCGCUGGCCAGCUGAGCAUCAAGUACGGGUUCCGAGGUCCGAAUCAUUCGGUUUCGACGGCGUGUGCCACCGGGGCUCAUUCGAUCGGGGAUGCGUUCCGGUUUAUCCGGUAUGGCGAUGCAGACGUGAUGGUUUGCGGCGGGGCCGAGGCCAGCAUAAGUCCGUUGGGAAUCGCUGGAUUUUGUCGGUUACGAGCGCUGAGUACUUCGUUUAAUGAGGAGCCACAAAAGUCUUCGCGGCCGUUUGACGCCGCCAGAGAGGGGUUCGUCAUGGGAGAAGGUUCGGCGAUUUUGGUUUUGGAGGAGCUGGAACAUGCCAAAGCGAGAGGAGCUGACAUUGCUGGGGAGAUUCUGGGAUACGGCUUGUCGGGGGAUGCUUCUCAUCUAACCGCACCUCGGGAGGACGGAACGGGAGCAAUGCUUGCCAUGAGUCGUGCCCUGAAGGAUGCGCAUCUUUCGCCGAAGGACAUUGGCUACGUGAAUGCUCACGCCACCUCAACCCCAAUCGGAGACGCUAUCGAGGCCCGAUCGAUACGAACAUUGUUCAACGGAACAUCCGAACGGGUGGCCGUUUCUUCCACAAAGGGAGCUCACGGUCAUCUGCUUGGAGCUGCCGGAAAUCUCGAGGCAUUGUUCACCGUGCUGGCGUGUUUGAAGGGAAAGCUACCACCAACGAUUAAUCUGGAAACCAUCCCCGAAGAGAUGCAAGAUAUGAACCUGGUUCCGAACGAGGCCCAAGACUGGAAUCCGAGCAGUGGCAGAAGAAUUGCAUUGAAGAAUUCGUUCGGCUUUGGAGGAACGAACGCGUGCCUCUGCAUAGCUGAAUACAAAGAGUGAUGAAGAAUGUGUAGCUAGUGUGUUGUUAUUGUUUUAUUAAAGUUUAAAAAUCCAAAA